AUGGGUCGCAGGAAGAUUGAGAUCGCGUUGGUGAAUGAUCCCAACACAAGGCAAGUCACAUUCUCGAAGCGACGAUCGGGCUUAUUCAAGAAAGCAAAUGAGUUAUCAAUUUUGUGCGGAUCGGAAAUUGCUAUUGUUGUGUUUUCCCCGGGGAACAAACCUUAUUCCUUUGGGCACCCAAGUAUUGAUGGUGUUGCGGCCAAGUUUCUUCAACAAGAGCCUAAUCCAAAUGAUGGUGGAAGCACUAGCAACCCUAAUAUUGCUAAAGGUACGGACAUGAACAAUUGUAAUCUACAACUUGCUGAUGUUAUGGCCAAGAUUUGUGAGGAAGAAAAGAAGGGUGCGAAACUUGAUAAGACUCUGAAACAACACCAAAUGACAACACGCUCUAAGUGUCAAGAUUUGCAAGGUUCAUAUAAGGAACUCAAGGCUAUGGUGAGCAAGCGCCUUACUGAGUUUGAGAUAGCGGAUUUUAUGAUACAACUUUCACAAGGACUCGUGGAGGGGAUGACUACAACAAAACAAAUUGCAAAAAAGAAAAGAAGAAUGAAUUGA